CCCUUGUAGGGUCAAAAAUAUCUAUUUCCCAAGAAACCUCACUCCCAUACAUUCUCCCCCGGCGAAUACCGAGUGGCACGAACUCCGGUCGACGGCAUUCGAACGGCGGCGACCCACACGAUUAUAGCUCUAGAGAUAAGAUGCUUCCAUAAGACUCAACUCACUUCCAGAGGACGGAAUAGAGAAAAUGCAGAAAUUAGGAGAUUUCAAGCUACCACAUUUCUUCAACUAUCCUCCAUAUUUCACUUUGCAACCAGUGAGGGACACCCGUGAGAAGCAAAUUCAACUUUGGAAGGAACUUAUUCUAGACUACUGUCGAACCCAAAAGAUAUUUGUCAUUGGACUCGAAGAGGACUUUCCCCUAUUUUCAAAUUCUGAGAUUGAAAGAUCUCUCAGUCAUGAAGCUAGAGAAGCUUUUCUCUCAGCUUUAGUUUCAGAUGGUCGUGCAGAAUGGCUGGAUAAAGGACAUAGGAAGUGCCUUAUUUUAUGGCACCGGAUUCAAGAUUGGGCUGACAUCAUCUUGCACUUUGUGAAAAAUAAUGGACUUGAAGAUAGUGUUAUGACAAUAGAGGAAAUACGAUCAGGAGUUGAGUCUAGAGGAACAGAGCUUCAAGGGAUUGACCGUACGGUAUUAAUGAGGGCAUUGAAGCUGCUUGAACAAAAGGGGAAGCUUGCAAUUUUCAAAGGUUCUUCAACAGAUGAUGAAGGUAUUAAGUUCUCUGUAUAACUACCGGUCUUUAUUCACAUUGACUGCGGCCAUUCGUUGUUUUUUGUACACUUCUAAAUGGGACUUUCAUUUAGUUUUUUGCCAAUUCAAACUGGGACUAUAGGUUCUUGGUGCAGUUCUUCAGUGUAUUGUAACCAAGAGGCCUCCCAAUAGAACUUAAGAACCCAUGCUUGGGAGUGCUUUGGAAGAUAUUUAUUGUAUAUUUUUGAAAAAAAAAACUAUAUAUAUAUAUAAACUCUUUAUUUACUUUCGAGUA